UUUUCACUCGUUUAAGUCGUUUAUAACAUUUUUAAGAAGUAACAUUAUGUUUUGUAGACAACAGUACCUAGUUUUUUAUCUUUUGUUCAGUUAUUAAAAUGAUGGAUGUAAAACAAGAACUUUUUGAUCCUAAUAUUGAGACAAUUAAAAUGGAACCAGAUUUUGUUUCCGAUCAAGUAGAUGGAAAUUAUUGGUGUUCUUCAAAAGAUAAAACGUUUAAAAACCAUCAAGACUGUGUUCUUGGUGAUAAUGACAAUAUUUGUGACUAUCAAAUAACGAGAGAGUUCGUAAAUUUUGAUGGGAUCAAACGAGAAUGUGAAUUGCCUAAAAUUGAAGGUUCUGAUUUCCUGGAAAACAUUGAGUACAAAUCAGUACGUGACAAUGUUAAUAAUUUUCCUAGCACUAUUAAAAAAGAACCUGAGAACGCUAACGAAAUUAAAGAGGCAGAUAUCGGCGAUAUUAAGCCUGUGAUUAGCGGAUAUGUUCAGUUUACAGAUGAAAGUGAACUUUUGACGUCUCAUUGUGAUUUGCCCACUCUGAAGAGCGAGAUUGAGGUUACUGAUUAUCCGAGUUAUUUUGUACAGCCCUGUAGCCGCAAACAAAUCGUAAUAAAAUCAAAAUCAUCAAAACGUAUUGUGACAAAUGUUCCUAAUCAAAAGAAGAAGGGGUAUCCGUGGUCUGUUCUCCAAAAAAAUUUCAGGUCACCUAGAAGAAACCUGUUCAAUGUCCAAUUUGGAAAAUUUUAUGAAACCAAUUGUUACUAUUGCGGCCAUUUUUUUCUUACCAAGUCACAGUUUCUGUACCAUUUUAUUGUUAUUCAUCAUGUAAAAAUAGUAAGAAAUUGUAAACGAACAUUGCGACAUUAUAAGGAUUGUCGGUGCAAAAGUUGUUUAUGUAUUAUUUUUAGACAUCUACCUACAGCAAAUAUAUUCCAUUUCAAUGAAAAACCAUACAGGUGUCAAAUAUGUCUGAAACGGUUUAAAUUUAAAAGAAAUUUAUUAAUGCACAUAAAAAUUCACACUGAAGGAAAACCGUUUAAAUGUGAAAUGUGUUCGAAAUUGUUUAUAAAGGAACGCAAUUUAAAUAGUCAUUUGAGAAAUCACACUGAGGAAAAACCAUUCAAGUGUGAAAUAUGUUUGAAACAGUUUACACGAAAAGGACAUUUAAAUGAUCACUUAAAAAUUCACAUUGGAGAAAAACCCUUUAAGUGUGAAAUAUGUUCAAAACGGUUUACAUUAGAAAGCUAUUUAAAUUUGCACUUGAAAAUUCACACAGGAUAUAAACCUUUCAAGUGUGAAAUAUGUUUGAAACAGUUUAAACGAAAAGGACAUUUAAAUGUUCACUUAAAAAUUCACAUUGGAGAAAAACCCUUUCAGUGUGAAAUAUGUUCAAAACAGUUUACUCAGAAAUCUAAUUUAAAUUAUCACCUGAAUGUUCACAAUGAAGAAAAGCCGUUCAAGUGUGAAAUAUGUUUGAAACAGUUUAGACGAAAAGGACAUUUAAAUGUUCACUUAAAAACUCACAUUGGAGAAAAACCCUUUAAGUGUGAAAUAUGUUCAAAACUGUUUACAUUAGAAAGCGGUUUAAAUUUGCACUUGAACAUUCAUACAGGAUAUAAACCUUUCAAGUGUGAAAUAUGUUCGAAACGGUACACACUAAAAAGCCAGUUAACUAUUCACUUAAAAAUUCACAUUGGAGAAAAACCCUUUAAGUGUGAAAUAUGUUCAAAACGGUUUACACUAAAAAGCUAUUUAAGUUAUCACUUAAAAACUCAUACCGGAGAAAAAUCAUUCGAGUGUGAAAUAUGUUCGAAAAAAUUUAUCCACAAAGGCGAUUUUAAAAAGCACUUGAAAAUUCACACCGGAGAAAAACCGUUUAAGUGUAAAAUAUGUUCGAAACAGUUUACAGAAAAAAGUAAUUUAAAUGUUCACUUAAAAAUUCACAUUGGUGAAAAGCCGUUCUUGUGUGAAAUAUGUUCAAUACAGUUUACCCGGAAAAGCGAUUUGAAAAAACACUUAGAAAAAAAAUGUUUAAAUGUGAAAUAUGUUCAAAACGGUUUACACUUAAAGGCAAAUUAAAUUUCCACUUAAAAAAUUCUCACUUGAGAAAAAUGACAAUUAGUUUUUCUAUUUUUAUAGUUGCAUGAUAUACAUUGGGUGGUGUGAAUAAAAACAACUUUUUGGUAAAUCUAGACUAUUUAUAAGCAAAUACUAGAUUUGGUGUGAAUAAACUUAGCAUGUGUUAGGACUAGAUAGUUCUAGAUUUUUUCCCAUGUCUAGCUUUUGCUUAACCCUAGAACGCUAAGCAUAUUUCUAACACUACUUAAGACUAAGCAUUCGUAAAUUUUACGACUUUUUUUUCGUGUUUUUUUUUCAUACCAAAACAAAGAAUAGCCAAAAAAUGUAUUAUUUAUUAAAAAUUGACAUUAACAUAUCAUUAUUAAGAACAUGUUUGACAAAUUUCACCACGGUGCUCACUACAAAAUGGUUUUUUACAGUUUGAGCAGAAGUGAGUUGUCAUUCGUCUUUUUCUUGAAGGGCACAUCGCACAAAUGGUUCUAUUGGACUUGUUAGUAGCUGUUCUCUCUUCUAGAACUGUAUGUCUGUCUUCUGUUGCUGUUUUUUCUAGAAUCUGAUUUAUAGUUUCACGGAGUGAGCGCUGCAAAGUGGGUAUUUUCACUCGUUCUUCUAACCAUGGUGCCACUAAAAGUUUAUACAACUCCAGCAUGUAUGCUUUUCUGGAGAUCAAUUUCUGUCGGCGUUUUGUUUUAUGAGCAUUGUACAAAAUAUAGCUAUUUACACAGGCAAUAUUUAGCAUGGCAAAGAAAAGGCAUAGGGGCCAUCGUUUAGUUUUUCUGGAAGAACUCAUAAUUGAACACAUCUGGUCCAAUGUAUCCACUGCUCCUUUUGUCUGAUUGUAAGUCUCAAUAAUUUCCGGUUUUCCUGAAGUUUUUGAAACACUACAUCCUUGGUGCAUAGUUGAUAAAAGUAGAACAUUUUUAUUCUUCUUUGGAGUGUAGGAGACAAGCACUUUUUCUUUGUCAAAACAAAAUUUAGAGCUGCCUGGAUCGCGAUUCUUGGUUGCUAACAUUUCUGCUGGUAUUUCACGUUUAUUUUUUCUAAUGGUACCAACCAUGGUAAGAUUGUAAGGAGGAGCUAAUAAAUCAUCAGCUAGUUUGACGGACGUAAACCAAUUGUCCAUUGUAAUAUUUCUAUUGGACCCUGAAAUAGUUUCACACAACGUUUUUACGUAAAAUUCGCCCAAAGGUAUCCCAUUAGUGUUUGUGCUUUUACCCAAAUAUGGCAUGGCGUCGAACAUGUAUUUUGUCGAUACGUCGCAUACCAAAACUAUUUUUAUGCCAUAUUUAGAAGGCUUGUUAGGUAUGUACAUUCUAAAGGGACAUCUUCCCCGAAAACCUAGCAGUUGUUCGUCAAUGGUAACGUAAGAGCUUGGUUUCUAUGAAUGUCUGCAUUGACUUAUAAAUGCAUCCCAAAUAUCUCUGAUAGCCGCCAAUCCAUCCAAUAAAAACUUGAAUCUUUCACGGCUCAUGACUGCCUUGAAUACUGCUCCAGAUAUUUUAUCAUCAAAUAACUCUUUGGUCGACAAAUGGUUACUUUUCAAAUACGCUGACAAUACUAGUAAUCCUAAAAAAGCUCUUACCUCGUCAGGACUAGUAGUAGAUAUUGUAGCAGAUUUUGCUUUAUAUUUAGCAGAUUUUAUUUCAAUCAUAGCAUUUGUAUGUAACACAAUUUUAUCAAUCAUAGAAUCCGUUAUGAAUAGUUUGAAAAAUUCGUUUGCGUAAGAAUCGUUCUGGAAAUUUAUUACUGGACCCGGAAAAAUAUGAAUUAUAUUUCGUUGCGGAGUUUUUGAUGUCGCUUUGGGAACAGCACUCCAUCGAUGACCAUUUUUCCCUACGAGUCUCACUUGCGAUCGAAUUGUCUCAUCAACUCUUACGAUUCUUCUUUGUGAACUUGUUUCUGUAUUCAAUGAUUCAUAUUCUUGUUGUUCAGGUUCGUUACUUCUGGAUGUUCCAGGUAACGAAUCGUUUGCCAUUAUUUGAUUAUCCGCAUGUGUUUCUUUAUUUGAUUGUUCAUGUAAAGUCCUAUUUUUUUUUGCUCUAGGAGGACUAUAUUCGUCUCCGUCCUCAUCUUCUGAAGGUACGUAUUCACUUCCACAGUCCUCAAAAUCUUCAAACUCUAUGACAUCCUCUGUUUCGCUUCCACUUUUCUGGGCGCUGUCCUCAUCUGAUUCUAGAGUCAAAUUCUCUGAUAUUUUCUCAAGUUCGGCUUGAGUAAGAGGUCUGUUUUCUUUUAUUUGUUUAGACAUAUUUUUUAGAAAUAACUUGCAAGUACUACAAGUUAUAUUUACAAAGAAAAAAAUCUGAAAAAUAAUUUAUUUUUGUACAGCGCGAUAAAAACAAAAGUUACGUUAAGACUAACCUUUCGUAAAAUUUACGAUAUGCGUCUUAUAGCUGCCAGUACGGUACACUUAAAAAUCGACCAACACACACGGGCUAUUCACCAACACUGUCUGAGAGAAUAGCUAGACGCAGAACCCGAUAGCUAACGGAUCCGAACGAUGGUGGCCGAAAAUAAAAAUCACCGUCGUAAAAUUUACGAAGCUUAGCGUUCUAGGGUUAAAUAAUGAGGUAAAUAAAAACUUCAGCUGGUUUUUUCUAUAGCUCUGUAAGUGUGGUCGGGGCACACUUCACUUUGUCUAGAUUUUUCUACGAUAACAGUUUCAAAUUAGUGGUUUGUUUUCAAAAAUGGCGGAAUUUAUGCCCAUCCGUAAACGUAAAAUUUACAGUGUUCGUAGGGAAAUCGGACUGCGCAACUAUAAAGAACUCUUCAGAUUUGAAAGUCGAAGUAUACAUUUUUUAGCGGCUGAAUUCCUUCUCGAAACACGUGGUGGAUGUAUUUCUCGAAGGCAACAAAAGGAAAUAUUUUUGAGGUUUGUUAGUGACCCUGAUUUUCAAUCCGGUAUAGGAGAAGAUCUAGGCGUCCACCGUACAACCGCCAACAAGACUAUAAAGCAUGUUAUGAAUCGUAUAGUUGAUCAAUCAGGCAAUUGGAUCCGUUUCCCGGCGACGGCAUCUGAAAUCAACGAGGCAAAGGUUUUGUGGCGAAGAGACUUUCGUUUAUCAACUGUGAUAGGUGCACUUGAUUGCACUUAUGUUGAAAUACUUAAACCAGGACUGGUUCGACAUGGAGAUUAAUAUAUUUGUCGCAAAGGUUAUCCCAGUAUUAAUGUAAAGGCUACAUGUAAUGCCCUGGAACAGUUUACAAGUAUAAGUGCCGACUGGCCCGGCAGUGUUCAUGACGGAAGAGUGUGGAGAACGAGCCUCAUCAGGGAUAUCAUGUCCCGUUAUGAUGUAACUGUAUGUCUUUUAGGGGAUUCAGGAUACGGGGUGUCUCCUUGGUUAAUAACACCCUACAAGCCUCCUCGUAACCGUCAACAAAGGCGCUUCAACCUAAUACAUUCCAGGGAGAGAGUGAUAAUAGAAAGAUAUGUUGGUCAGUUAAAGAUUUCCCAUUCUUGGAAAAUGUGUUCGAAUCGCCUUUAACAACGUAUCAAAAGUAAUAAGUUUUGCUUUUCUGCAUAACAUAGCAAAGCAUCUGAACGAUGACUUCGACUAUGGGGACUUAAAUAUUAACCCUGAUGAAGAAAACAACUUAAUGGUUGAGGUUCACUACGAAAAUUUUAACACAAACAGGAGAGGCAAAGACAAACGCGCUGUUGUGAUGCAAUUACUCAAUAUACCAUAAACAAUCAACCUAAAGAGUUUCGAUAUGAAAGUUUUGAAUAUACCAUUUUUUUUGUAAACUGUGCUAUUCCUUUAUAAAGUCGAUUAAAUAAAAUAUAAAUCGUUCAUAUACAGGGUUGGGAUAAAGUAUGGAACCAAGUAAAUAUCUUUAAAACGAAAAGGACGAUAUUUACGAAACUUUGCAGGCAAGUGCAAUGACGCAUAACACAUCUGAUGACAUAUUUUUUGUUACUACUGCAGGUUUCACCGGAAAUACCCUCAAAUUUUUUAAUUUAAAUAUAUACUAAGUACAUACUAAGUUAAGUGGAAAUUAUUUGUUAAAGUAAUUUUUUCUUUCAUACUUUAAAUUAAAAAGGGUGAAACCGUACAGUAGUAACAAAAAAUAUGGCAUCAGAUGCGUGAUUGUACUUGCCUGCAAAGUUUCUUAAAUAUCGUUUUUUUCGUUUUAAAAAUAUUUACUUGGUUCCAUACAAACAAAACUAUUUUUAGUCUUCAGUCAAUACCAGAAAAAAAUAAAAUGAAAUCAAAGAAGUCCACAAUUUACAAAUCUUGAAUAAGAUACAAGUCAUCCGAUCCUAAAACAGUUCGAGUUGACUUUUUCAAACAUUCGUUCUUUUGUUUUUGAGAGAGCUUUUCUCUCCAGUCUUAUUUUGUUAAUUUGGAUUUGCUGUAACAAUACAAUUCAUUGUAGUUGUGUGGUGGACAAGUCCAUAGUUUCUUGACUUUCAUAAUUUGCUACCAUCUUUGUGCUUUUCCUUAUUUUCUGUUUCAUGCGAUCAGCACCUUCAUGUAUCGGUCGUAGCAUUUCUAGAUUUUGCUCAGUAACACUAUCGUGCACAAUAUUGUUUCCUGUAGUGGAUAGGCCAGUGCCAACCGAAAUAUUUCCUGUAAUUUUGUGAUAUACUGGAUUGUCUUGGUCUAUUAUUUGUACAAACUCAUUUUCCCAUUUUUUCAAUUUAAUGGGCUUAUUGCUGGUAUCUUUUACAUCUGUCUUAUUUUUUAUGAUAGUUUUUAUGUUUUGCAAUACUUUAGUUGUAUUAUAGUGAAGAGUCUCCUGAUUGAAGAAGAAUACUCAGCACUGAGAGUAGAUCAUGCUUCUGUCUUAGAUUUCAUCACGGACGGUGUUUUUUUUUAGAUUUAUCCAGUAAUAUAAUGUGGUCUUUCAACAAUCUUACAAACAAUUUGCGAUCAAUAUUUUUGUCGUCUUUCUCGUCGUUACUAUCACGCCAUCCUGUGAGAAACACAUAUUUCACUGACCUGUCGUGACAUGAGCCGAGCGUGCAUGACAUCAUAGAGUACAGGGAUUAGUGAAAGGGAGUAUAUCGUGACGUGAACCUAGUAAGUGCUUAUAGGUUAGCAUAUGCUGCCCGUAGCUUUUGCUUACACUUUUCCGGAUAGUACUAGCUUUAGUAUAAUGUUUCCCGGAUUUUAAGACUUUUUAUUCACUUCGAUAAUAAGCAAACACUUAACUGCCUAGCGUAUGCUAAGUUAGCAAAUGCUUGCUUUUAUUCACACCACCCAUUAUAAAAGGUUUCAGAUCACCUAUUAAAAGUAAAAACAUGUAAGAUCUAGACGAUGAUGUAAGAUUUAGACCAAAAUAUCAAACGAC